AUUCGAUAUUGAGACCAACGAGUCCCCGAGUGAAUCACCUGUCGAGGCGAUUCAAAUGACGGCGAGCGAAACCGUUCGAUGCGAAGAAGGACUGGCUUCAUCGCCGAGGAGUAGGGUAAAGUUUCUUUGCAGCUAUGGCGGGAAAAUAUUGCCCAGACCAAGCGACUGUAAACUCAAGUACUUUGGUGGAGAAACUCGUAUGGUGGCGGUCCCGGGGGAUAUCAAAUUUUCAGAGUUGAUGAAGAAGGUGAACAGUAUGGUUGAAGGGGACAUGGUUCUGAAAUUUCCCAUUAUCCCUGAUGAACUUGAUGCCUUGGUAACUGUAAAAUCCGACGAGGAUGUCAAACAUAUGGUCGAUGAGUAUCGUCGUUUGGAAAGUGAAGGAACUCCAAAACUUCGUGCUUUUUUGUUCCCUUCAAACCCAAUCGUAGUUGAGAACCAAAUGAACCCUGUUGAUCACUACGCCAUUGAGCAGCGGUAUAUAGAGGCCAUCAAUGGCAUAGUUCGCCCAAGUUCAAAUAAUACUAGUGGAAGGCUCACCCCUGUUAACCCAAACCGCUCCAACUUCAGCCCUUCUGCUAGCACUUCCCCCAAAGCAGCUUCUCCAGAUAUUAGCUCUUUCCUCUUGGAGCCGCCAUCAGUUUCAAAUGGGAACCAACAUAAUAAACCCCCCAUGCCUAAAGUCCAGAGUUCUCCAAACAUGUACAACCUCCAUCUGCCAAGUAUCUACAACCAUAGCAAUCACCAAGUUUUUCAGCCACAUUAUCAUUAUCACCAAAACCACCAGCAACUACAUCCCUACGGCAUUCCAUCUCCGAGAACAUGCCCAGAUUUUCGGGCUGAAAAACCCCCAGGGCCACACGAGUUUGUGAGGGGUGCUAUGGGGCAUGGUCAUGUUCCAGUAAACCGAGUCUAUCGACUGGAGAAAUGA